CGCCUUGAGCAGCGCACAGCUAACGUCUAUAUAACUCUUUUAUUUUUUUUGUUUGGUUUUGCCGUAUAAAAGUAAAGAAGAAUCGUCUUGCAUUUAUUAAAUUAUCCAAUAAAUUACAAUUGCAUGCGACAAAACUGCUUGAAAUGUUUCGACUACUUUUAAUCAGUUGAAUAAUGUCAUCCACAUUCACCAAACAAUGUGCGCUAAAAUUAUGAAUUUAAAUUUUCAAUUCAAACGUAAAAAACAAUACGUGAAACGCGCAAAACUAUGCAAUACAAAUAAAUUAAGUAAAUAGCCGUAAUAAAAAAAAUUGUUGAUUUAAACACAAAAACAACGUAACGGUGUGUUGGUGUGUUCAAAAUGCAAAUGCCAAACUCAUUUAGACAAUUGAAAAAGCAUCAUUUCAUGGUGGCCGUUGUAAUUUAUUUACUAAUAUUAGAGAAAUCAAUUCAACCAUGUGAUUGUGUUCACGGUUUCAGAAAUAAUACAGAGAGCGCUGAGCUGGUAUCUCAUUACGAAUCAAGCCUAUCGCUGCCAGAUAUAUUGCCCAUACCUUCGAAAACCUACGACAAGAAUCGUGCACCAAAGCUGCUGGGACAACCAACCGUUGUAUAUUUUCAUGUCACAGUGCUCUCCUUGGACUCUAUCAAUGAGGAAUCCAUGACCUAUGUGACGGACAUAUUUUUAGCACAAAGUUGGCGCGAUCCGCGUCUUCGUUUACCAGAGAAUAUGAGCGAACAGUAUCGCAUUCUAGACGUGGAUUGGCUGCACAGCAUUUGGCGUCCCGAUUGCUUCUUUAAGAAUGCCAAAAAGGUGACAUUUCAUGAGAUGAGCAUUCCAAAUCACUAUCUUUGGCUGUACCACGACAAGACGUUGCUCUACAUGUCCAAAUUGACGCUGGUGCUGUCGUGUGCCAUGAAAUUUGAGUCCUAUCCGCAUGAUACACAAAUCUGUUCAAUGAUGAUAGAGAGUCUAUCGCAUACAGUGGAAGACUUGGUAUUUAUUUGGAACAUGACCGAUCCACUGGUCGUCAAUGCUGAGAUCGAGCUGCCACAACUGGACAUAUCAAAUAAUUAUACGACCGAUUGUACCAUCGAGUACUCAACGGGUAAUUUUACAUGUCUGGCGAUUGUGUUUAACUUGCGCCGACGCUUGGGCUAUCACCUGUUUCACACGUAUAUUCCAUCUGCCCUCAUUGUGGUUAUGUCGUGGAUAUCGUUCUGGAUCAAACCCGAGGCUAUACCGGCACGAGUCACUCUCGGCGUUACCUCGCUGCUCACCUUGGCCACACAGAAUACACAAUCGCAGCAAUCUCUGCCGCCCGUUUCAUACGUCAAGGCCAUUGAUGUGUGGAUGUCAUCGUGUUCGGUUUUUGUUUUCCUCUCGCUCAUGGAAUUUGCUGUAGUCAACAAUUACAUGGGUCCGGUGGCAACAAAGGCAAUGAAGGGUUACUCCGAUGAGAAUAUCACAGAUCUAGACGAUCUAAAGGUGAGUUUUUCAAGGGCACUUUUGCUGAUGAUUGAAACUCUGCAGCGUGUAUUGCAGCAUCACCAUCGGGAGUCGAUAAUUGAGCCACAGUAUGAUACAUUCUGCCAUGGCCAUGCCACCGCCAUCUAUAUAGAUAAAUUCUCGCGCUUCUUCUUUCCGUUCUCGUUCUUCAUUCUCAACAUUGUCUACUGGACGACGUUCCUAUGAUUUGAUUGAACCAAGGGAGUUGUUAAGCAAUUAAUGAAAUUAUAAAUACAAAGCGCAUUUGUUUAAAAAUGUAUAUAGUUUGUAAGCCACAAAUAAUUGCAGUAGAUUAUAUAAAAUAUAUAUUAUCGU